UUUGGAAAUUGAUAUAAAAUUGAGGAAAAAUUGAUAUUAGAACUUUUUUUUUUUAAACCUGAUAUUAAAACUUUUAAUACUCGAGUACAAUAUAAAAUCUGUGUCUUGGUCCGUAUUUGGAAGAAGCGCUGGUGUUCAAAUUCUCUGACUUUGCGCGGCAAUACAUAUGAGAAAGAAUGCAAGCUGCCAUGUCAAAACAAGCUCAUAACCUGUUUGAUAAAUUUCCCAAAACAAUUCUUGGCUACUUAAACUCACCAGCAUCAUCUCUAUUUCAAACACAGCAAGCUCACGCUCACAUUCUCAAAACUGCCCUGUUCUUCGAUACUUAUACCACCACCAAGCUCCUCUCCCUCUACGCCAAUCAUCUCCGCUUCAACGAUGCUCAACUCGUUCUCAAUUCCCUCCCAAACCCUGACAUUUCUUCAUUCUCCACUCUCAUUUACGCUUCCUCGAAAUUCAGUCGUUUUGGUGAAGCAUUGAAUUUGUUUUCGAAAAUGGUUUCGACAGGCCUUGUGCCUGAUGCUCGUGUUGUUCCGUGUGUUGUAAAGGCCUGUUCUGGGUUGUUGGUUGUUAGAAUUGGGCAGCAAGUUCACGGGCUAGCUGCAUCUUUUGGGCUUGCUUCGGAUUCGUUUGUUGUGUCAUCGUUGGUUCAUUUUUAUGUCAAGUGUGGUCAAUUGGGUAAUGCGCGGAAGCUGCUUGAUACGAUGCGUGAACCGGAUGUUGUUUCGUGGAGUGCUUUGCUUGCGGGGUAUGCUCGACAAGGGAAUGUGUGGGAAACUAAGGUGGUUUUUGAUAUGAUGGUAAAGGCGGGAAUUGAAUUUAAUUCUGUUUCGUGGAAUGGUGUGAUUGCGGGGUUUAAUCAGAGUGGGCAUCAUUUAGAGGCUGUUUUGGCGUUACGAGAUAUGCAUGCAAGAGGGUUUGAGCUUGAUGGUACUAGCGUUUCGAGUGGUUUGUCAGCUGUAGGGGACUUGGAGAAUUUAUUAUUUGGUAUUCAGGUUCAUGAUUAUGUAAUUAAACAGGGUCUUGGAUCAGAUAGAUGUAUUAUCAGUGCAUUGAUAGAUAUGUAUGGUAAGUGCUCGUGCACAUUUGAGAUGUCGAGAGUGUUUGAUGAGAUGAGUAAUAUAGAUUUAGGUGCAUGUAAUGCUCUGAUAACAGGAUUUUCACGAAGUGGUCUGGUUGACGAAGCAUUGAGUGUAUUUAAAAAAUUUAAAGGACUUGGGAUGGAGUUGAACGUUGUGACUUGGACUUCGAUGAUAGCCAGCUGUUCACAACAUGGCAAAGAUAUUGAGGCUUUAGAGCUUUUCAGAGAGAUGCAAACUGUUGGAGUGAAGCCAAAUGCUGUAACUAUUCCCUGUUUGCUUCCUGCUUGUGGGAAUAUUGCAGCAUUAAUGCAUGGUAAAGCAAUUCAUGGCUUCUCACUCCGAAGAGGCAUUUCUUCUGAUGUUUACGUGGGUAGUGCCUUAAUUGACAUGUAUGCCAAUUGUGGAAGGAUUCAAGCAGCAAGGCGAUGUUUUGAUGGGAUGCCUAAGCCUAACUUGGUUUGUUGGAAUGCUUUGAUGGGUGGGUACGCUAUGCAUGGAAAGGCAAAGGAAGUCAUAGAUAUCUUUCAUCUGAUGCAGAAUGCUGAGCAGAAUCCCGACUUCAUUAGCUUUACUUCUUUAUUAUCUGCAUGUAGCCACAGUGGCCUAACAGAAGAAGGGGAGUUUUAUUUUGGAAAAAUGUCGAAAGAGUACGGGAUUGAAGCUAGAGUGGAGCAUUAUGCCUGCAUAGUUACACUGCUUGGGCGUGCAGGAAAAUUAGAAGAGGCCUAUUCUAUUAUCAAAAAAAUGCCUUUUAAGCCUGAUGCUUGUGUUUGGGGGGCUCUGCUAAGUUCUUGUAGGGUUCAUCACAAAACAAAAUUGGCAGAGAUUGCUGCUAAUGAACUAUUUGAGCUAGAACCUAAUAAUCCUGGGAAUUACAUUCUUCUGUCUAAUAUAUAUGCUGCUAAAAGCAAAUGGCGUGAAGUUUAUAAGUUGAGGGACAAGAUGAAGUGUAUGGGAUUAAGGAAAAACCCAGGAUGCAGUUGGAUUGAGAUCAAGAACAGAGUAUAUAUGCUUUUAGCAGGAGAUAAUUCAAUUCCUCAGAUGGACCAAAUUGUCGAUAAGCUGGAUAGAUUAAGUGGGGAAAUGAAGAAAUCAGGUUAUGCACCAAUUACAGACUUUGUGCUGCAAGAUGUGGAAGACCAGGAAAAGGAGCAUAUUUUGUGUGGGCACAGCGAGAAGCUUGCUGUAGUAUUUGGCCUCCUGAACACUCUCCCAGGGACUCCACUUCAAAUUAUAAAGAAUCUUCGAAUCUGUGGGGAUUGCCAUGCUGUUAUAAAGUUUAUAUCCAGCUAUGAGGGCAGAGAGAUUUUUGUCAGAGAUACAAAGCGCUUUCAUCACUUUAAAGAUGGAGUUUGCUCAUGUGGUGACUAUUGGUGAU